AUGGCAGUCAGCCCUAUCAUCAUCUGCCUCCUGUCACUGAUUGGCUACGGCUCAUCCCACCCCUCUCCUCCUCCUCGGGGAUGCAGUGUGGAUGUGGACCCCCCCUACAGAGUGCUGUGCGACCUGGAGUCAGUGUGGGGUGUUGUUCUGGAGGCCGUGGCCUGCAGCGGCGGCGUCACCUCCCUGGUCCUCGCUGUGCUCCUGCUGGUAAAGCUGCGCUCCAUUUCUGACCCCGCCAGGCGGUCCGGUCUGGGGCCUCUGCUGCUGCUCCUGGGCACGCUCCUGGGGCUCUUUACCAUCUCUCUGGCUUUCCUGGUGGGGAAGAACCAGGCACUCUGUGUGGUUCGCAGAGCCUUCUGGGGACCUCUUUUUGCUCUUUGCUUCUCCAGCUUGCUGGUGCAGGGUGUGAGGCUCAGGAGGCUGGUGGCUGGAAAGCUGAGCCCAACGGGCAGCACCCUGGCAGCGCUCGGUCUGGCCUUGGCCUUGGUUCAGGGGAUAAUCUCCGCUGAAUGGGUCCUGCUGACUGUAGUUAGGGAGGGUCACCCGGCUUGCGAGUAUCCACCUUUAGACUUCGCUCUGACAUGCAGCUACACUCUGGGGCUGCUCCUCAUAGCCAUGGGUCUCUCUCUGGGGGUGGUGCUGUGUGGAGGAGAGCUGGCAGGAGAAGGAGGAGGUGGCGGCGAAGAAGACAGAGAAGGAGAGAGUGAAAAACGGAGAUGGAAGUGUAACGCCGUCUGGCUCUUUCUGUCCAGUCUGGCAUCGGCAUUGCUAUGGGUGGCCUGGCUGGGGUUUUACCUUUAUGGCAGCCAGGCGUUGAGGGGAAAGGGGAAAAGAGGAGGAGGACAGAAAGAAAAAGUGUUGGAUGAGCCUGCACUGGCUGUGGCCUUGGUUAUUCAGGGCUGGAUCCUGCUCCUGCUCCACGCCAUACCAGAGACGCAUCUGUGUCUCCGGAAACCUCCACAGACCAACACACAAGAUUUCUUUGACACCAGUAACACGUCUCCUCCUCCACAUUUUGGAGAUGAUCUCCCUGCACACUCUCACCGACCCUUCCCAGAAAACCAGGCCUUUUCCAUGGAGGAGCACAGUGCAACUCUCCGAAGCGGAACAUACCACGGCAGCCACGGGAGCGCCCGUCCUGGCAUCGCCUUCAGAGGCCAGGUAUACCAACCUACUGAGAUGGCUUUGGUCAUGAAUGGGGGUACAAUGCCCACAGCCCCAAUUAACUACACUGGACGACGGUUAUGGUAAUAAGGGUUUAGACUUGAAGAGGAACCACUCCGGUCACAUCGGUGAUGUAGAAGAAUCUCCUGCUGUUGCCUACGAAGACGGAAGUAUUAACAACACCACAUAUCAUAUACUGGAUUGACUUCAUGCGAAAUAGAUAUGUUUAAUGUGUUUGUGUUUCUGCGCACAUUUAUGGAGUUUACACUUCAAACUAAUAGUAUUUUUGCUUAAAUUUCCUUGAUUGCCUCUUUAUCGGCAGAACGGAUGUUAACUCGCAAGAAGGGAAGGCGGCCUCCACAGCUAAGUAACAGUAUUUAUGGCGCGUUAUUUGGAUCCACGCAGAUCAGCACAUGCAGUCAAUUGUAAUAUGUACACACCAUGACAGGGAGUGUGUAAAUAGAGGUUAUGUUAUAGAGAUAUAGUGAAUAAAAAAGAACAUGUAUUGAACUACUGAAUGAGCUUCUGUUAGGGUGGAAACUGAGAGAGGAUCAUUUGAAUGUAGUAAACACUUUUGCCUGAGCAGCUCUAAUCCAGUGCUGUUACUUAUGUCUGCUCAUCAAUGACGCUUGCUUUUUGUAAAAAAAACAACA